AUGCCGAACAACGUCGGAAGAACCCUGGCCAAGGGCCUCGGCAUUGACGUCGACGCCCGAUACCGAAAUGAGCCUACCGAGGCCGUCCAGUCCGCCGCCGCUUCCUUCCGAUCCGUUGAGCAGUAUGAGGAGGAAGAGCCUACCGUCGCAGAAUUCCUCUAUGCCCACAGACCAACGGUUCACGGCGCGGUCGCUUACAUCAAGAGCCUGUUCCCCUUCUGGUCCUGGAUCUUCCAUUACAAUGCCACAUGGCUUCUUGGAGAUAUAAUUGCCGGUGUCACGGUCGGUUUUGUGGUAAUUCCCCAGGGCAUGGCUUAUGCAAUCCUGGCCCAACUGACUCCCGAGUACGGUCUCUACACCUCAUUCGUUGGUUUCCUCCUGUACUGGGCGUUCGCAACAUCCAAGGACAUCACCAUCGGAACCGUGGCCGUCAUGUCCCAGCUCGUCGGCAACAUCGUUUUGCGCGUGAGGGACACUCACCCGCAAUAUGAAGGUCCUCAGAUUGCCCAGGCAUUGGCUGUCAUCGCUGGCUCCGUCCUGCUGUUCAUUGGUCUGGUACGGCUGGGCUGGAUCGUCGAGUUCAUCCCGCUCGUGGCCAUCACCUCUUUCAUGACCGGCGCCGCGAUCAGCAUUGCGGCCGGCCAGAUUCCGGCCCUCCUUGGCUUGCAGGGCGUCAACACCCGCAACCCUACCUAUGAGGUGAUCAUCGACCUUCUCAAGGCUUUACCAACUGCCAGACUCGACGCGGCCAUGGGUCUUACUGCUCUGUUCCUGCUGUACGCCAUCCGCACGUUCUGCAACAUCAUGUCGAACCGCCAGCCUCAGAGGAAGAAGUUCUGGUUCUUCAUGUCGACUCUCCGCAUGGCCUUUGUCAUUCUCCUCUACGUCCUGAUCAGUUGGCUCGUCAACCGCCACGUCAACUGGGACGCCAAGAAGGCCAAGUUCAAGAUUCUGGGCAAAGUCCCCAGCGGUUUCCAGCACACCGGAGCCCCCAAGAUCGACACCGAGCUCCUUUCAGCUAUCGCGCCCGAUCUGCCGGUCACCAUCAUUGUUCUCAUUAUUGAGCACAUUGCCAUAUCCAAGUCUUUCGGUAGGGUCAACAACUAUGUAAUCAACCCUUCGCAGGAACUGGUCGCCGUUGGCUUCACGAACUUAUUCGGGCCCUUCCUCGGUGCGUACCCUGCCACUGGGUCUUUCUCCCGAACUGCGAUCAAGUCUAAAGCCGGCGUCCGUACUCCUCUGGCCGGUAUCUUCACUGCCGUCAUUGUUCUCCUGGCUUUGUACGCCCUGACGUCGGUCUUCUUCUACAUUCCGAUGUCCACACUUGCUGGUCUGAUUAUCCACGCCGUCGGUGAUCUCAUUACACCGCCCAAGGUUGUAUACCAAUUCUGGGAGGUCUCUCCUCUCGAAGUCUUCAUCUUCUUCGCUGGUGUUCUCCUCACCAUCUUCACCAACAUCGAGAACGGCAUCUAUCUCACCAUGUGUGCUUCUGCCGCGCUUCUCCUGGUUCGCCUUGCCAAAGCCAAGGGUCACUUCCUCGGCCGUGUCAAGGUCUAUCGCGCCACAAAGGAUACCGCUGGCAAGGGUGUUCCGUUCAACGAAAAGGGCGAGUCCAUUGAGAUUCCCUCCCGUGAAGCCUACAUUCCCCUCUCGAAGGACGAUGGCUCCAACCCCAACAUUGACGUCCAGACCCCCUACCCCGGUGUUUUUGUUUACCGCUUUGGCGAGGGCUUCAACUACACGAACCAGGCACACUACAUGGACCGUCUGGUAGAGUACGUUCAGAAACACGCCCGUCGGACGAUCCUCGACCGCUACGAGAAGCUUGGUGACCGUCCUUGGAACGAUCCCGGCCCGCGUCGUGGUGCUAAGAUCGACAUGGACGAUAACCGCCCCAUCGUCCGCGCCGUGAUCCUUGACUGCUCGGCGGUCAACAACAUUGACGUCACAUCCAUUCAGGGUCUCAUCGACGUCCGCAAUCAACUAGACCACUAUGCCGAACCCGAGGUUGUUGAGUGGCAUUUUGCCAACGUCAACAACCGCUGGACCCGUCGCGCCCUUGCCGCUGCCGGCUUCGGCUUCCCCUCGGUCAAGGACGAGAGCAACUUCGGCCGAUGGAAGCCUAUUUACAGCUUCGCACCCGUCGACUCUGGCUCUAACCACACUCCCCACAUCGUCGCGCAGCGCAGCCGGGACGAGGAGGAGGAUGUCAUCUCCCCGGGUAAAGGCAUCAAUGAUGGCGCCGCGCAGGUUGCGGGUCGUGGCGAUGGCAAGCUUGCCGCCGUCCAGGGGAUGAACAGGCCGUUCUUUCACAUCGACGUUGCCGCGGCUGUGGAGAGUGCUAUUCUAAACGCCGAGAGCAAGAACGAGGGUCAGGCAUCGCCUGCGAACUCGGUCCUGAAGAGUGCUUGA